AUGAUAAAUGUUAAGUCAAUAUCUCGUUUCAAUCCGUCGGAAUGUGUCGACAACUAUGGCCCAUGCAUCGAAACGUUAGAAGAAGAUGCAAGUUCUAUUGAGAGAACCGAUGACAAACCAGUUGUUAAAGACACACUGUUCAAUGGUCCAGCGGUUGCCUCUCAACUCAUUGACCAUCUACAAUGGAAAAACGCUAUUAUCAUAUAUGAAGAGGCAACAGUCUUUGAAAUGUCGUCUUUGAUUGGCAUCCUGUCUAAAAAAGGAAUAAUGAGCGUCUUAUACCAUGUCAAUGACCUCCAUAAGCUUUUUAUUGACUUAACAGUACAAAGGACAAUGUUUAAGCCACAAUGGAAGACCAUUGUUUGUUUUAACAUGAUAGUUCUAUGUCGAUACAAAUGUGCAAGCAAGGUUAUUGCGCAAGCAAAUGAGUUUGAUGGUGUAUACAACAACAAUCGCACGUUCUUAAGUAGUUUGUCUCGUUGGUUAUUUGUGUUGUAUGGCAAAUCACAGGCGUUCCUCCAAUCUACAAAACUCCAUCAUGUUUUAGUUGUUCAUAUACCGGAAAUUGACUCGGGUAAUAGAAAGACCUUUCUAUCUUUACUGUCAAGGAACUUAAUUGAUAAUGAUGAAGGUAUGACAAAGACAGAAAUAGUCCACGUUAUUGAAAAGGUUUCAUCGCCAGAAUAUAUUUAUUGUGAAGGGUGUAACCUGACAACAACGGUGUGGACACAAACAGGUUUGCAGAAUCGAACAGUUGGCUAUGUAAUGCCAACUGGACAAGUUGUGAUCGAGGAAGAUUUAUACCCAAAUUUAAAGUAUAAAUAUAACAAACAAACGUUCUUUGUGUCGGUGAUCGUGUAUCCGCCAUUUAUUAUCAAGCAAACGGUAAACGGUGUAACAAAGUUAACGGGGUUUUGUAUUGAUAUCCUCUCUGAUCUGGCCGAAACUCUCAAUUUUACGUAUCAGUUAUCUGAGGUACCAGAUGGUAAUUACGGAAUGGUUGUGAACAAAACUACGAUGGCAUUCAAUGGUCUAAUUGGACAAGUCCAAAGAAAGGCACGAACAUUUACUACUAUAUCUACAGUUUUUUAUCUUUAA